AUGGCUACAGGCAAUCACUCAGCAGUAUUUGAAUUCAUCCUCCUGGGGCUCACAGACAGUGCAGAGAUUCAAGUCGUUCUCUUCUGUGUGUUCCUGGUUAUCUAUUUAGUCAGUGUCAUGACCAAUCUCGGUUUGAUCGCGCUAAUCCAAAUCAGUCCACAGCUGCACACACCCAUGUACUUUUUCCUUAGUCAUCUGGCUUUUGUUGACUUCUGUUUUACCUCCAACGUCACCCCCAAUAUGCUAGUGAAUUUUUGGCAUGAGGUUAAAAGCAUAAAAUUUUUUGCGUGUGCCGUUCAGGUGUGCUGCUUCAUCACAUUUGUGGUGUGUGAAGUUUAUGUGCUCUCCAUCAUGGCCUACGACCGCUAUGUCGCCAUCUGCAACCCUCUGCUUUAUGUCAUUCUCAUGCCUAGGAAACUGUGUGUUCAAAUGAUCGCUGGCAUGUACAUUUACGGGUUCGCUGUGGGCCUUGGUCAGACUGUGGUCACAUUCCGCUUGUCUUUUUGUGGCUCCAACGUGGUCAACCACUUCUACUGUGAUGAUGUUCCCCUAAUUGCUCUGGCCUGCUCCGACACUCACGUCAAAGAGCUCAUGUUGUUCAUCAUCGCAGGCUUGAAUACGCUUUGCUCACUAGUUGUUGUGGUCAUUUCUUACGCCUUCAUCCUCGCUGCCAUCCUGAGGAUUCAUUCUGCCGAGGGAAGACAGAAAGCGUUUUCUACCUGUGCCUCUCACCUGACCUCCAUCUCAAUCUUUUAUGGGACAAUUAUUUUCAUGUACCUGCAACCUAAGUCCAGCCAUUCUCUAAACACAGAUAAAUUUGCCUCGGUGUUUUAUGUAGUAGUGAUUCCCAUGUUAAACCCACUGAUCUACAGCUUAAGGAAUCAGGAGGUGAAAAAUGCUCUCCAUGAAAAUGUAGGAAAUUGGUAUAUGAUCCCACUCCUUCAUUCUCAAGUAUUCCACACAAAUCGUAUAUUCAUACAUUGA